CAUGUUUUUUUUUAGUAAUAACAUAACGUAAUUGUUGAUCAGGAAUGGAAAGCGGGGGUUCUGGUGGCGGGGGACCACCUGGAGACAGGAGGCCACCCAAGGAUGUACGAGCACUGCUACAUAUGUGCAUGGAAGUACAGAAUGAGGAUAAAAAGGAGCAAGAAAAUGUUGCGCAACCGAUGCCUGAAGAGCGACGUCAGUGGUUGGAGAAUGCUAUUACUGACUUGACAUUUAGUCCAGUUGAAAGAAUGAAGGCUUGCUUGCAAAUUCUGACUUCACCAGACAGUGAUGACAAGAAAAUUAUUGCAGCUAUAGAGGAAACAGCAGAAUGGUGUGAAACAAUAGACUUUGCUUCUGAUUUCUACAAGAUCGGUGGAUACCCAGUAAUUAAAGUAUUACUAAAACACAAGACACCAGAAGUAAGGUGGAGGACCCUGGAUUUGAUAGCAAUAUUGGUUCAGAACCACCCUUUCUGUCAGGUGAAAGCACUGGAAGAAAACUGGCUGACUCUGAUGCUAGAUAUUCUGGAUAAAGAUGAAGACCCAAAUGUGAAAAUAAAGGCUCUGUACGCUAUAUCAUGCCUUUCAAGAGACAACGUUGAAGCCCAAAAAAUCUUUGAAAGGCAUGAUGGUUUCUCUGUGCUGAUGAGAGCCAUGCAGACAGACAUAGAAAAACUACGAAUCAAAGCAGCAUUUAUGCUAUCAGCUUUAUGUGCCAAGAGGCCAGAUUUUAAAGAUGUGAUGUGUGACACUGGAAUGAUUGACCAGUUAGUUGGAGUUUUAAGUGAGGAGCACAAUUCAUUUCACGAACACAACCUGUCAGCCCUUCUGGCUAUAGUAACAGACCAUCAGAGGGCUAUAGAGGAAUGCCAGAGGCCUGAACUGGAGCUGGAAAAGAAAUUACAGGAGCGGAUCAAGUUUCUGAAGGACAAGGAUGAAUUCAGGGUAAUACCCAGUUUGAUUUGAACAGUAGCAAACAGUUUGAUUUCAACAAUAUCAACUAGUUUGAUUUCAACAAUAUCAACUAGUUUGAUUUCAACAGUAUCAACUAGUAGUAUGGAUUCAACAGUACUUUGAACAGUACCAACCAUCUUUUCAGAAGAUUCUUGUCCCUACCAUUGGAAACAUUAUCAGAAACUUCCACUUUAUAGCUUGGGAAGGCUAUUGGAACUUGCCAGGAGUAUACAUUCCUAGGUGUGGCAGUGUGUCAACUAAGCUUCCCAGCCCAAUUUGUACUAUCAAGGGUUUGACCUGAUUGCAAAAAAAUUAUGAUCCUAAAACUGAUGUCUUGUUUAUUAAUUUUUCUUUUUGAUUGUAGGAAGAAAGUCAUUAUGCAAAGGAGUUGCUGAGAAUAAUAUCAACUGAUGAUGAUGAACUUCAAAGGUGAAAAA